AUGUCCACAAUGAAUCCAGACUAUGAUUAUCUAUUCAAGUUGUUGCUAAUUGGGGACUCUGGUGUUGGAAAAUCCUGCUUACUGUUGCGAUUUGCUGAUGAUACAUACACAGAGAGCUACAUCAGUACAAUUGGUGUUGAUUUUAAAAUUAGAACAAUAGAAUUGGAUGGGAAGACUAUCAAGUUGCAAAUAUGGGACACUGCGGGUCAGGAGAGGUUUAGGACAAUCACAUCCAGUUAUUACAGAGGUGCUCAUGGCAUUAUUGUGGUCUAUGAUGUGACAGACCAGGAAUCCUUCAAUAAUGUGAAACAGUGGCUUCAAGAAAUUGACAGAUAUGCCAGUGAAAAUGUCAACAAGUUGUUGGUGGGAAACAAAAGUGACUUAACAACAAAGAAAGUUGUUGACUUCACAACAGCCAAG